AUGAACCAGAUGAACCCUGCAUGGUCAUCAGCCCCAGCAGCCAAUGGACGAGGGACAAGCUCAGGGCGAGGAGCCCGUAAGGCGCGGUCAGGGAGGAGCGGACCUCCUCCGCAACCGCGGCGACCACCCCGUGUCCGUGUCGGUGCCGGCGUCAGGCUUGCACAGCCCGGACGAGAACCAGAACCAGCUGAUGGAGGAGGGCGAGGAGGUGGUGCUGGGGGAUCGCACGGGAGGAGGAGCCAACUGCUCGAACAGCAGGACUCCGUCAACAACAACGGCAGCUGUGAGGAAGAGGAGGAGAGGGUGGGGGAGGAGGAGGAGGACAGCUCCAAAGUGGAGGAGGAAGGUGAGGAAGAGGACAGUAACAGCAGAGCCUUCUCACCGGAUCCUGACAGCCAAAUCAGAGACUCUUCCUCUUGUAGUCCUACAGGUGUUGAGGAGCUGGUGAGCAGUCCCGAGGAGUGUCCACAGGUUGGCAGUGUAGAGGUCCAUGCAGAGGAGGGGGAUGCCCUGAGGCCGACGGGAGGUGGUCUCCCCGGCUUCUCACCUGCCCCUGCGCUUGACCUGGGGGAACCCUGUGACAACGCCCUGCUGCCUCACCGCCUACACCAGAUUGCUGAAGCCUUAGUCCAUGAAGAAGAUUAUGAGCGGGCUAUCCGCUUCAUUCAGCUAGAGCGACUGUACCACGAGAGACUUCUGGCCAACCUGGCUUCCCUACAGGAACAGUGGGAGUGCAGAUGGAGGUGUGCUGGGGGGUCCGAGGGGCCGACUGCAGAUAGGACCCCCAUCGACCCUGACCAGCUGGAUCGCCUCUCCCACAUCUGCAGGACACACAGACAGCCAUCAUUGAGAGCACAACAGUGUGAAGUAGCGGACAAAGUGCAGAAAAACAGUGUGAUCUGCCGGCGAUCGCGAGCGGAGGAGGAAGAGGAGGAGAGAUUGAGCACACGACGACUCCCAUGCGACACAGGCAGCGCGGCUGAUUCAGCACGAGUGACUAUGGAGAAGGAGAGAGAGACCUCCCCACAGCACACCGACUCCACAGAUGGCCAGCAGAUGGCGGCAGAGAGCAGCCAGUCCCCACAGCCCUCCCCUCACCCUCCCACAGAGACUCUGACUGGCUCUGCUGGCCUGAGUGACAGGCCACCCUCCAAUGACUGUGCUGCAGAGGGCGGGCCGGGGGCAGAGCUUUCAGCAGCAGCAGCAGCAGAGGCGGCAUCAGCAGGAGAGACUCCGAGAGACGGCAAGCCAGCGGAGGAUUUCCCAGAAGCCCCAGCGGCGGCAGCAGCAGCAACCGAUGCAUCACGCUCCCCCAGCAGGGAGGGGCCGGGAGAGGAGGAGGAGGAGGAGGAAGAGGAGAGGCAGGCGCUGGCGCUGUCUCCGCAGCAGCAACAGCACCCGCCGCCUCACACACAGCCCAGCCUGAGCCAGCACAUGGAGCCAGCAUGAGCACACCCACGC